AUGUCGUACAGCGGAAUAGGACUCAAAUCGGCGAAGGGGUCAUCGACGUCGGGCCACGUGCAGCGAUCGCUGGCCAGCAACACAGAUAGGCGCAGGGCACAGGGCAGUCAACGGCAGCGCGACAAGGCAAUUAACAAGCCCACCCACAGCAGGGUCAACAAGCCCCUUGCAGUGCAGAAGGAGAUGAGCACCCACAUGGAGAAACGUGAGAUUGAGGUUCAGGUCAGCGAGCUGCGUGACUGGCUGGAGGAUGACGAGUCGCUCUCGGACGAGCAAAUAAACGAACAGUGUGAGACAUUGAGGAACAAGCUGACUAAGGAGUGGCAGGAGCAACAACGAGUCUCUUCUUUGUAUACCUCCCGCAAGGCGCGGCUAAAUGAAGAUCUCCAGCAGCAGCAACAACAAGAAUAG